CUCUUUGAUGGUGUUGAAGGAUGUAGAGAAACAAGCCUCUCCCUCUUCCUGUUACUGGAGGAAUCUCUGUGAAAACGAGACCUGUCAUUGGGUAUGUUUUUGCUAGAAUGAACUUAGUUGAACAUUGAGGAAAGGAGCUUCCUCUGCCUCCGAAACCUCAAAUCGGCCUGUUUCCUGUUUCUGUGAGAAAAAACACAUAAAGCUGCAAGUAAGUUUCAAAUGGAAGCAAGCGUGCAGAUAGAGAUAUCCGCUCCGCCUGCACCUAACUUGCUUCACCGCAAAAACGAACGGGCGUGGACAAUGAAGUCCCCUCUCCACAGAGUCCUGGUGUUGCAUCUGAUGGGAAUCUUCACAGGAGACAAUCAGGUCUCCCCUAACUGCAGCCCAAGACAAGACCGUUUUUUAGGCAACGAGUUAACGCUUGACAUGGCCCUGGAUUCCUUCGAUGACCAAUACGUGCGCUGUGAGAUGGAGAAGGAGAUUGCACGGCUAAACCAAACCGAGUUCCUCAAAAAUAAAAUUUAUGCCAAUGCCUGGAAAUUAGCAGCCAACUUGAGGGAUGAUAGUAACUGGCCCAGAAACCUCAAACCAGAGUAUGCUGCAGCAAUCAUGGCCUAUACCUUUGAAGAACCCAAGUUGUAUCCUGAUUUCAACGCAGCUGUAAGAGAAGCUGGGAAAUCCAAGGAACAUUACCGGAAUAAUUUCAACUUCAAGACCUUCCACUUUCUCCUGACCAGAGCCCUUCAGGAUCUGAGGAUCUCCAACACCCCCAGCCCCCCCUGCUACAAGGUGUUUCGAGGGGUCAGAAAUAUCCACUUCAGCGCUACUGUUGAUGAUACGGUCCGUUUCGGGCAAUUUGCAUCCUCAUCACGGCAAGAGGGGAUUGCCCAAUGUUUCACUAAAGUUGGACAGCCUGUGGCCAAAACCAUCUUUGAGAUUUACACUUGUCAUGGGGUUCUCAUCAGAGAAUUUUCUGACGUGCCCAGUGAGGACGAGGUUCUGAUCCCACCUUAUGAGCAGUUCAGGGUUGUAAGUUCCAGAAAGGAUGUGGAUGGUACAACCCGCAUACAGCUCCGCUCUGCUGGGAAAUUCAGCAAAUACAACUGUGCAAGUGGUAAGAACCCAAGCAAUUACUCCUGA